UGAAGCCUGUCAGUGACGGAAGCAAGCAUUCCAUCCAUCCCUUCCCCGCCUUGGAAUUGGAUUGAGUGUUGCGUUGAGCUGAGCUGAGUCGAGUCGAGUUGAGCGGAGAGUUGAGCCUUGCUUUUGACUAGAGCACUGAGAGCAAGCAAGGGAGAAGAAGCAAGGCAGGGGAAUUGUAGUAGAGAGGUCCAGUUUUGUGCCAGGUGCUGUUGAGUUUCUUUCUGUUGUUUCUUGAACUCGGGUGUUGGUGAAAGGAGGAGUUGCCACCGCGGCUAACGGGAACGCGGUGUGGCUUUCGUUUGGUUUCCGAGAUUAAGGACUCUGUUGCAGUGGAGCCUUCUUUGUUGUUGAGCUAACCGGUUCGCCAUGGAUACGCUUUACGUGCUCAAGGUCAAGUGCGGCGCCGUUCUUCGUCGCAUCUCCUCCCGCCGCUCGCCUCCGACGUUCGACAACGUGGACCGUCAGAUUCGCAAGCUCUUCAAGAUCCCCGCCGACAAGCCGAUCGCCGUCACCUACACCGACUCGGACGGUGACGUCAUCACGAUUUCUACCGACGAAGACCUCCACGACGCGUUUGUCUACCAGGAGCUGAAUCCGCUUCGCCUGGACGUCGCUUUCGAGUCCUCCACUGAUGGAAACGCUGCGGGGAAUGCUGGAAAUUCUGGAAUUGACGAUUACGUUGAUGUCAGUAGCCUGGACGGCUCUAUCUACUCGUCGUCGUCGUUCGGGGGAGAUGCUCCUCCUCUUGCUCCUGCUAGCACCGCCUCCACUCCUGCUCGUGUCUCGGAUUCGGACGCUGACGCUGCUGCUGAUUCCGUUCCUGUUCCUGCUGCCGCUCCUGCUGCCGCUCCUGCUUCCGCUCCUGCUUCCGCUCCUGCUUCCGCUCCUGCUGUCUCAUUUUUGACUGAGGAACCUCUUCCUGCACCGGCCUCUGCUCCCACUCCCGCUCCUACGCCUGCUUCCGCAUCUACUACCGCUUCUGCACCUGCUCCUGACGAACCCGUUCCGGCUGCCCCUGAUGCUUCUCCGGUCUCAACCCCUGAGCCUCCUCCUGCUGCUGCUUCCACCUCUGCACAGGCCAGCAAGCCAUCUCCCCCCGAGGAUCCCAAGCCUGCUCCCCCCGAGGCUGCCAAGCCGGCUGUUCCCGAGGAUCCCGAGGAGGCACUGGAGGCGAAGGUCCGGGAGUUCGCCACAGCAGUGGAGAAUCAGAUCUUGAAGGUGCUGGCGUCGGGCGGGCAGCUGGAGCGCAUGCUGUCGCAGUACGGCCCGAUUCUGAAGGAGGCUCCUGUGAAGAUCGCCCAGGUGCUGGAGACGGCGCGCAGGAGCGGGCUUGACGUGGUGUUUGAGCCGAUUCUGGAGCACCACCACCACCAUGGGAGGCAUCCCCACCAUGGGAGGUUCAACGGCUGCGGUGGUCCGAGCGGGGCUGCCUCCUCGUCUGCCUCUGCCUCCGCUGCUGCUGCUGCUGCUUCCUCUGUGGCUGAUGCUGACGUUGCUGCUGCUGUUUCUGCGGAUGUUGCCGCUGCGACAUCUGCGGUGGCUGCAGCUAUCGCUGCUGCAGCGGAUGCGCUCGGCCCCAACGCUCCCAUGGGGGUGUCAGCCGGAGGCAAGGACGAUGGGCUCAAGUCUGUGGUGCCUCCAGCGGACGAGGAUUCCAAGCUGAAGGAUGCAACCACUUCUUCUUCUGCUGCUGCUGCUGCUCCUGCUGCCGCUUCUGCUGCUGCAUCGGCGUGUGUGUCUGAUUCCCCGCUCGGUGGUGCCUCUCAGGGAGCGAGUGCGGGUGGCAAGGCGGUGCACUUGGGCAUCACCUGUGAUGGCUGCAACAUGCGCCCGCUUAAGGGCAAGCGCUACCGCUCCCUUGUCAAACAUGACUUCGACCUGUGCGAGGGGUGCUUCAGCAAGCAGGGCGUGGUGCCGGAGCACUACGAGUGCAUCAAUAGCUCUCCCUGGUUGGUACAUCCCACAGCCACUUCCUCUCCUGCUGCUGCCGCUGCGUCAGGCGCUGCGUCUGUUGCACCAGCCUCUCCGUCGGCCUCUCAGGUAGCGGGAGCAGGCGGGACGGCGGUGCACUACGGCAUCAUCUGUGAUGGGUGCGAUGGCCGCCCCAUCAAGGGCAAGCGCUACCGCUCUCUCGUGAAGGACGAUUUCGACCUGUGCGAGGCGUGUUUCAGCAAGCCGGGCGUGGUCUCCGAGCACUACGAGUGCAUCGACAGGCCACUCUUCCGCCCCUCGCGCCUGCAGCAGAUGGCAGUCCACGCCGCUGGCAUGGCUGGCAUGGCUGGCAUGGCCUCUCCUCUCGUGCCUGGCAUGGCAUCUGCUCCGUUCCAGCACCACCCGCCCCAGCAUGCUCCUGGCAUGCCUGCAGGUCGGCCCUUCUUCACCCCGCGCCCGCACUGCCCCUUCUCCCACCACUCCAUGCCGCAUGCCUGGGCCCCCGGCCCUGCCUUCAACAAACCCAACCCUGCCUUUAACAGCAACAGCACAGGUGGAUCCGUGGGGCAGCUGCACUACGGCAGGGCGCACGGGCGGCUGCUGGACGCGCGGUUUGUGAGGGAUGUGAGCGUGCACGACGGCACAGAGAUGGCGCCGCUCACCAGGUUCACCAAGAUCUGGCGCCUGCGCAACAGCGGCAGCGUGCCGUGGCCCUGCGACCUGCAGGUCAUUCAUGCGGGCGGCGAUCUCCUUUCUGAAACCAGCACCGUUCCUCUGGAGCUGCCUCGUGGAGGGGUGUAUCCCGAGCAGGAGGUGGACGUGGCGGUGGACAUGGCGGCUCCCUCCCGUCCCGGUCGCUACAUGUCGCACUGGCGCCUGCUGGCUCCGGGCGGGCCCAAGUUCGGCCACCGCUUCUGGGCGCUCAUCCAGGUUGUGGAGGAGGCGAAGAAGGGCGAGGCGGUUCCUCUCCUUUCCGCUAUUCCUGCUGCUGCUGCUGCAUCUGCCCCUCCUGAGGCUGCUGCUGCACCAGAGCCCGCUGCUUCUGCUGCUGCAUCUGGGCCUGCUGCGGCUACGGCUGCAGCUGAUUCUGUUCCCCUGCCGGAAGCUGUCUGUGUGAAGGCAAGCCCCAGUGCCGACGCACCUGCUGCUUCGCCAGCAGAAGGAUCAGCAGCUGCUGUGGCCCAGGAGGAGGCUGUAGUUGCUGUGGAGGAGAGUGGUGCUUCACCUGUGGCACCUGUGGUGGAAGUAGCAGAGGAGAAGGAGGAGGAUGCGCUUUCUCAGGAGCAGGAGAAGAGAGAAAGCCAGAGAGAGGUGGAAGAGGUGGAAGAAGAGCCUGCUAAGGAUGUUGAGGAGGAGAGAGAGUCUGUUGAGGAAGAGGUGAAGGAAGAGAUUGUGAAGGAGGAGGCGGUGGAGGAGGAGAAGGAGGAGGAGCAGUGGGAGGAUCCUAUCAUAACUGCGAUUCGCAACGCGGUGGAUGGCAUUGGGACACCGGCCACUGCUGCUGCUGAGUCUGCUGUGGAAGCUGCCAUGGCUGCAGCGGGAGACGUGGUGAUUGAUGUUGCACCUGUAUCUCUUGAGCCUGCUGCUGUUGCUGUUGCUGCUGCAGUGGACUUUGGUUCGUCUUCCGACAAUGGCUCUGACAAGAUGGUUCAGGAGUGGACUGACGUGCACGCCUCGCUGCCUGCAGAGGGUACCACCAGUGCCAACACCAGUACCUCUUCCUCCACUGACAUUACCACCACCAACACCACCACGGACACCACCUCCAUUACCACCACGGAUACUGCCACCACAGAGACUCUCCCUGCUGUUGUGACCGCACCCACAGGUGCCCCUCUGUCAGCCCUGGCUUCGUCCUCCUCUGAUGCGUCAUCAUCUGUGUCGUCCCCCAGGGCCGAGCACACUGCUGUCGGCAGCUUCUCCCUGGUCAACGUCUCCUACCCCUCCAUCGCCUCCCUUGCUCCUCCUCCUGCUCCUGCUCCUGCUGCGCCCAGCCAGUCCAUGUAUCCCUCGGUUGAGAGCAUUGGCGUCAUGAUGCAGGAGCAGCCCCUCACUGCUACUGCUGAUGCUGCUGGUGCUGGUGCUGCCAUGAUGGAGGAUCUGCUGACUGGGGAUGACUAUGUGAAUGUGUCCCAGGAAGUGCCUGCCGAGGCAGCUUUCGCUUAUGCACCGGCUGGUGCUGCUGCUGCUGCCACUGCACCUGCAGCCAUGCCGUCGCCUGCCAGCUUCAUUGAGAACGAGGAGGAGAUUGAGAUGGAGAGUCCCCCUCUCGUCUUCAACUCAUCAGCACCUGCUUCUCCCGAGGCUGCUGCUGCUCCUGCUGCCAGUGUCGAGGUGCCUGCCCCUGCUGUAGAGGCCUCUGUUUCCCCCUCUGCUCCUGCACCUGCGGAGCCCACUCAGGAGGAGUCCAUCCUCAUGGGAGGAGGGGGGAUGUACAGCAGCGAGGUGAAGCAGCUGGUGGAGAUGGGGUUCCCCUACCCAGGGCUGAAUGGGGAGCUGCUGGAGGCGAAUGGGGGCGACAUGGACCAGGUGGUAACCAUGCUGGUGAAGGCAACGACGGAGUUUGAGGAUCUGAUGGACGAGCUUGAGGAGAUGGAUUUCACUGACAAGGAGAUGAACAUGCGCUUGCUGCUCAAGCAUGACGGCAGCUUCAAGCGCACUGUGCGCGAGCUGGUGGCCAUUGCCAAGGCCAGCAGGAAGGCUGGCAGGGCGGAGCGUGGCUAAGCUACAGUAGUGUUAUGGCUAGAGGGUGGUUGGGGGUGUGGCAAGAGUGUCGCUGGCCUCUGGUACUUGAGGUAGGAGGACAUGGGGUGGGGUGGGGUGGGGUGGGGAGGGGGCAGGAUCUUCAUGGGGAGGAGAAUCUAGAGGUAGUGUCGGCAGUGGGACUAGUGUUUUGGACGUUGGCAGGUUGCUGGGGUUGACAUAGCUGGUCUUGUCAUUUUGUAUGUAGCGUUGUAUCUUUUGUGCAUAUGAAGUGGUAAUUUUGAACGUGGCUUCUAGAGGUCGGUGUUCACCGUAGGUCGCGGCAUAAUUUUCAUCGAAACCUGGAUUGUAUCCUGUGGGUUCGUCACGAGCGAGGAGAAUCUCGAAGAUUUCCAGCGCAGCACGGGUGAGGGGUGACGAGGCUGGCCCAUUUUGCGCCAAUCCCCGUUCAGCCCCUUGCCCCUUCCCCUCCGUCAUUCCCAAUUUUGGGAAUCCCAAAUCCUCGGAAAUUGCAUGUUGGCUGGAAAGGAGAAUCUCAAGUUGGAACAACACAUCCCUCCAUUUCCAAACCAUUUUCGAGGUCUCUGGUCCCGCUUUCUUUGAGAAUCUCUCACCGCUUGAGAGUCAGGGAAGACAGCUGAUACAUUUUACGAAACCAGAACCGCGCUUCUCUAUACCCCUCGUGUUGGCGUUCCGCUCCGUUCCGUUCCGCUCCGCUCCGUUCCGUCAUUGUGAGCCUCAGCUCUUCCUUUCCGGACCCUCGCUACGAUCGAACGAUGACGACCCUCCCCGCAUCUUCCGCUCUGGUAGCGGCUAGAUUCACAUCGCGUCCGUCUCCCAAAGCUUCGUUCUCUCCGCUGCGAUCGGCGGGCAAAACUCCGAGGUUCACUCUCCGCGUGCGCGCCGACGCAAGCGGGGACGCGGAGCCCGUGGUUGAAAAUGCGCCCGCCGCGGCGGGAUCCGCGGAAGCUCCGCCGAAGAAGAAGAUUAUCCGGCGGGUGAAGAAGCCGGAAGGGGAGAGUGCUGCGGAUGAUCUGCUGGCGCCGGGACGGUCGGUGGCGGAGCGCGGUGUGACUGUAGAGGGCGUGGCUAAAGUGGACCGCGGUUCUCAGCUGGACCGCAAAGGAAACGUGUUUGAGCUGUUUGAGUUACUGACAUCACUUGUAAGGCGGUGGUAAGGCCUAGGUGGCGCUUUUUUUGUUUUAGCAUACUGAUAUCCAUGGGGAGGUGGUAUCUAAGGAACUUGGUGGGAAGUGGCAGUGGCACGUGAGCUAUGUAUCCAAUCAUUUUCAAAGAUCACACUUCACGCCAUGUGUGCUAUGUAGCCUUGUAUCUUCUGUGCAUACAAAAGUGGUUGUAUUUACAAUCUGCGACUUUUGCUGCGACUAACU